GCCGCCGCGGGGGAAAAAAAGAAAGAGACAGACAAGAACCACGUCGAAAGAGAACAAGAGCUACAAACCAACCCGACAGCGCCUGGGACAGAGCGAAACAAAUCCCUGCGACGGGCUGGCUGCGUGCUCGUCGCACUGGAUUCUGGGAAAUGUAGUUCCCCCGGAUGUCGGCAGGAGGUGGGGGGGGGAACGACGACGACAACGGAGCAGCGGCGAGAGUUUCUGCUCUUCGGCGGCGCUUUUCAUUUUAAAACCGGAGACCCGGGUGCAGCCGAGAGGAGAGAUCUGCCUCCGCUCUGCCCCCUCCCCCCAGUUUCGACCUUGUGGGAGUUGUAGUUCGAUCGCCGUGGCCGCUUCCUGCCGUUGCCCCCUGCGAAGCGGGGCAUGGCGCCGUUCGUAGAUUUAAACGUGUUAAAUACCACCGAGAAAAAGAGGUUGCAAAGUAUAAUAGAAACCGCAGCCCGUCUUGGUUAUUCAACCAUUGCUAUCAAUCAUGUGGCAGAUCUGCAACAAAAAAGGCGGGAAAUUGACAAACCAAUAUCUGUAAAAGAACUUUUUACAUCUCUGCCAAUUGUGCAGGGUACAUCAAAACCAAUUAAAAUAGUGACAAGACUUACGGUGAUUGUCUCUGAAGCAGCUCACUGCAAUGACCUGAGAACCACCUCUAAACAUGCAAGAUUAUAUGACAUUAUGGCUGUAUUACCCAAAACAGAAAAACUGUUUCAUGCUAUUGACAGAGGAAUUUACUUUGAACUUGCGUAUUCUCCUGCAAUAAAGGAUUCCACAAUGAGAAGGUAUACCAUUUCAAAUGCACUCAGCCUGAUGCAAAUUUGUAAAGGAAAGAAUGUAAUCAUGUCGAGUGCGGCAGAAAGGCCUAUGGAACUAAGAGGACCUUAUGAUCUUGCUAAUCUUGGUCUACUUUUGGGGCUUUCUGAAGGAGAUGCCAAAGCUGCUGUGUCAACCAACUGCAGAGCAGCACUUCUGCAUGGAGAAACCAGAAAGACUGCCCUGGGUGUGAUCUACACAAUGCAGAAAGCUCAAACAAAUGAAGACCAGGAAGAAGGGAGACCUUUGUGCAAGCGAGCCAAAACCCAAGAUGACUGAGAAUAGGAAACACAUUUUUAUUGAUAAUUUGAUGUAAAUUCAGAAAAGUACUGUACACAUUUCAUAAAUAAAUGUGAAUGCAAAUAUUAUUGAUGAAACAA